AAUCACCGUCAUUGAUUAGAAUUCUGCACUUUAUAUCGCUCGGUUUAUUAUCGGUAUCGCUUUAUUACCGGAUCGUGUUAUCGGACUCUGUGUGGAAUGUAACGGGUUUCUGCGAGUGAUCCGAUAAACCGUGUUUUAAUCUGACCGUCAGUCUGAUCCGUCUGUUAGCAUGAAGCUAAUCGGCUAACUGAGCUAGCACACCUUCAGCAGCAGCAGCGGUUUGUGAUUGGACGCUGAGAGAUCAUGGAUCUGAAUUUUUACUCGGAUCUGACGGAUGGGAGCGUACAGCCGGGAGACCCCGAGUUCCUGGACUCACAGGCCUUUAACGGCUUCGACAGCGUGCAGAAGUUUCCUGGAGGUGGUGAGAACUACCUGGCCAUCAGUGGAGAGGGCCACCCGUUCCUGUCCUCCUCCGAGGUACCUCUCCACUCCUCAUACUCGCUUCAGAUCCAGGAUUCAGAGACCUUCCACACUCCCAGUCUGGGCGAUGAGGAGUUCGAGAUCCCGCCCAUCUCUCUGGACCCCGACUCCGCCCUCAGCGUCUCGGACGUGGUGUCUCACUUCGGCGAGCUGGGAGACGGAGGCCCCGCCCCUGUCGUCCCCGGCAACGCGGUGGUGCAGGGCGACGACCCGUCGUUCGCCUCCACCUUCGUGACCCCGGGGUCGCAGGGUCUGGAUCACCUGAGUCUGAUGACGCAGCAGGGGGGAGGACCCAUGCUCACGUCCACGCUCGGAAUGGAUCUGGGCCACCCCAUUGGCUCCCAGUUCAGCAGCUCCUCCCCCAUGACCAUCGACGUCCCCCUGUCCGACAUGAAGCUCGGCCUGCUGGGACACAACCAGCUCACCACCAUCGACCAAUCGGAGCUGAGCGCGCAGCUCGGCCUGAGCCUGGGGGGCGGGGCCAUACUGACUCGGACCCACUCGCCCGACCAGCCGCUGUCGGCCGCCGGGUCUCCGCCCGAAUCGCUGCAGGACGACGACAUGGACGACUUCAGGAGGAAGAGCGUCCUGGUGGAGUCUCCUGUCUCUCUCUCCGUCUCUCCUGGAGUCAUCUCCCUGUCGCCCUCUCUCUCCGACCAGCCAUUGACCGCGGCCCCGCCCGUCGCCGCCGCCCGCAAAGGCGUGGCCGCCGGAGGGGGCGGGCCGAAGAAAGGCAAGAAGAAGAAGGACCCCAACGAGCCGCAGAAGCCGGUGUCGGCGUACGCGCUGUUCUUCCGCGAUACGCAGGCGGCCAUCAAGGGCCAGAACCCCAACGCCACGUUCGGGGAGGUGUCCAAAAUCGUGGCGUCCAUGUGGGACAGCCUGGGGGAAGAGCAGAAGCAGGUGUACAAGAGGAAAACUGAAGCGGCUAAGAAGGAAUACCUCAAAGCCCUGGCAGCUUACAGAGCCAAUCAGCUCUCUCAGCCCACCAUCGAGGUGCUGGACACGCCCCCCUCUCCUCCUGCCGCUCCCAUAGUAACCACCUUCGUUCCUGAGACUCCGCCCCCUCAGGCACCCCCACCUGCGCCCGUACCUGCACCCGUGCCCACGCCCAUGCGCGGCAACCGGGGCAUCCCUCAGCACGCCCCCGACAACAACACCAUCACCAACAUCUGCAUGUCCAACAUCAUCAUCGACCUGCCCCAGGUCACCACGCGCUCCCGCACGGGCGCGCACAAGCCCCCCGCGCCCCCCUCGGCCCCGCCCACCGCGCCCUCUCCCGCCCCGCCCAUCGUCACCAAGAUCAUCAUCCCAAAACCGGCUCCGCGCCAGCCCCCGCCCCUGCAGCAGAUGCAGAACACGCCGCCCCCGCCGCGCCUCCAGCAGAUGGUGCACUCCGUGGCCCCGCCCCCGCUGCUGGCUAAACCCCGCGGAGGGGGCGGGGCCAACCAGCUCACGGCUCCCGUCGCCACGCCUCCUCCCCCGCUGCAGAUCAAGAUAGUCCCCGCACCGGCGCGGGUGGACGUGGCCACGCCCAUCAUCGUGACGAGCCCGGUGGAGGCGCCCGCGUCGGCCACGCCCGCCACGGAGGUGGAUGUCUCUCGGCCCGCUGCUAUAGUAACGUCGGAGACGGAUGAGGGGGUAGGUACGGCGGCGCGGUGCCCCCGCGGUGUAGACAACGCCCAGGUGGUGGACGGGUUCAGCACUGUGUUUCAUUCCUCUGUGCUGCAGAUGGAGGUGGAGCUGAACAGCUCUCCGCUCACCGAGGUGGCGCCCCCUGCAGGACCGGUGGUGUGUGUGCGCGCCGGCUGUAACAAGCCACCGGUGGAGAGUGAAGACUGGGACCGGGAGUACUGCAGCAACGAGUGUGUAGCGACACACUGCAGGGACGUGUUCAUGGCCUGGUGUGUGAUCAGAGAACAGAACUCCACCACCGUCACCUAGAACCACAACACUGACCCAUACAGAGUGUGUGUGUGUGUGUGUGUGUGUGUGUGUGUGUGUGUGUGUGUGUGAGAGAGAGUGUGAGAGAGAGAGAGGUGUACAUAUAUAGUGGUGAGAACAUGAGAAGAACGCUGCCGCUCCUACAGAAUCAUCCUCACCGGUAACCGUAGUGAACAUGCAGGCCGUGCUGACGUACCUAACGGCAUGCGUGUGGUGACUGUACUCACACUGUGCAGCAGUUCCUCAAACAUGAGUUUUGGAUGAUGAUGAUGAUGAGUAUUAAUUGAUAUGAAUGAAGAUCAAUCAGAACAUUUCAGGUCAUUUUGUUAUUUUCUACGUCUGUACCUACAAAGACUGAUUAGACGGGGGGGGGGGGGAGGUCAGAUGUUUUUCCCCUGCGGCAGGUAGAUUUGCUCAGAAUUAUGAAUCUGAUCACUGGAACCUCUUGCUUUGGCCUGGAUGCUGCUCAUUGGUGGCUGCUGAGGAGAUCUGGACGGUUCCUGAGCAUGAGGAUCAUGGAGAUGAACCAUUCAUGACCAUAUAUGGCUAACAGGAUGUGGUCACCUGACCAUGAGCUUUGUUGGACAUGCCAUUCCAGAACCACAGGCGCCAGUAUGCAGCGCCUCCACUCUUCUGGGAAGGUAUGGAUGGAACCGACGUUCUGAUGUUAAUGCCAGGUUCAGGUGCCCGGGUUUGGUUUCUCUCUAGCUUUUUUCGGAGGUGGCACUGCCAUCUUCUGAACUGUUAGAAGCUCCUGUUGGCGUCAUCGCUGGUACUGUUAUUUAUUAUUAUCACUUUUAUAAGGUAACUUGAGGUCACCGUGGUCAUGCUCCAUGAUGUGAACGUCAAACCACCUCUUCUCAAGGUCCUUCCCCAGACUGUACUUGGAAGAGUGUCCACAUAUUUUUGGUAAAGGAUAGUCCAAGUCUGAGCACCUGGCAACCCUGAUAGUACAAAAAUAAUGUAUUUUUUUUACUUGUAGUACCGUCUUCCACCUCCAGACGUCUCCAGAUCCUCCCGUCUCAAACUCUCACACUGCAGCUUUAAACCAGGCGCGACGUUCCUCUAUAUUUCUGAUAACAGUGAUUAAAUGUGAUUAGUGCGGGACACUUAGUUUCUGAUGAUAUUAAAAAUCAUUUUAUUUUCUUUUUUUUUUGAGCUUUGUGUUUGUUGGUUUCCGUCUCCGCUCUGACAGAACGUGUUAAUAUUAGAACCCGACUGAUGAGAACAUCUGUAAUCAUCUGUACUUUCAUUUACUCUGAUUUAUUCUGAUCAUGGAUUAAAGAUCUCGGACCUCUGAUGAUGAUGAUGGAUGUUCUGAUCAGCGUCGUUACAGUGAUGAUGUGAAGGGUUCAGGAAUGAGCCUGUGGAUUUUUUUUAAAUAAACUGGACAUGAAAGAUC